UCCGUAUGAGACUCACACUCGGAUAGGUGAAUAGGUGGACAAAGGGCGGAGCGAAGGAGGAAACACCUCUUGUGAUUGGCGAAUCUGUAUCUCCGUAUGGGCGUUUUAUUUGAGCGUCAAGUGUGGGUGGUUAUUCCUUCCUUCCAUUGGCCGAAUUGCUUGGGGGCGGAGCUAACUAGCAAACAGGGCCUGGAGACCUAGAUGCUAGAAAGAAACCCGGAGAGACGCACUUGUGGCGCACUUCCGGCGCGCUAAGCAAGCAAGAUGGCUGCGUCCCAGCAGCAGGCUGCUGCGGCUUCGGCGGCUGCAGGUGUGUCGGGCCCGGGUUCGUCUGGGGGCCCGGGUCCCCAGCAGCAGCCGCAACCAUCAGCACAGCUGGUGGGGCCUGCCCAGAGCGGGCUUUUGCAGCAACAGCAACAGGACUUCGAUCCAGUGCAGCGUUAUAAGAUGCUCAUCCCGCAGUUGAAGGAGAGUCUGCAGACCUUGAUGAAAGUUGCAGCCCAGAACUUGAUUCAGAACACUAACAUUGACAACGGACAAAAGAGCAGUGACGGACCUAUACAGCGCUUUGACAAGUGUCUGGAGGAGUUCUACGCACUCUGUGACCAGCUGGAGCUCUGCCUGCCACCAAACCGGACGCGGUGCAGCCUGACAGCCUGCCCUACCCGCAGUACCUGGCAGUCAUCAAAGCCCAGAUUGCCUGUGCCAAGGACAUUCACACCGCUCUGCUGGACUGUGCCAACAAGGUCACGGGCAAGACGCCUGCACCGCCUACAGGCCCUGGGGGCACCCUGUGAGCUGGCAGGGCUGGGGGCGGGGGAGGCUGAAGGGGAAGGGGACAGGGAGGGAAUGAAGAGCGACCUCAAAGCCCAUCUGUCUUUGACUUUUCUUGCUGCCCGAGCACUGUGGCCAGGGCCAGCAGGGGGCAGCAGAGGCCGGCGGGGAGCUUGGAGGGUGUCGCCUCGCCUCUGCCCCGGGGGCCUGCUGCCGGCGGAGCCCGGGAUGCACUUUGGACUGCCUGCUGAUGCCCUCUUCCAGGGGCUGUCCCCCAGCCUGGCCUGGGUGGGGCCCCUGGCCUCUCUCCUUCAGCCCUCCCCGGUUCUGUCCCAGUUCAGGGGUGGUCUCUCUGAUCGUGUUCCCUUGGCUUUCCCUCUGUAUGUUUCUAAGGCACGUGUCCGUUGUCUCUCUCUCAUUUGGUCUCUUUUUGUCUCUUUCUCUGUGCCUCUGUGGUCCUGUCUCCAACCAUCUCUAUCCUAGAUUAGCCCCCUUUUGCUGUCUUCUGCCCCCAGUUCCUAACUGGGACUCUGUCUCUUACGAAGGGGGCCGGAUUCUGAGAGCCAGUCCCCUGGGUUAACUGGGGCCAGGGGAGGGAGUUUCAUUUCUAGGGGCCACAGCCAAGUCCAGGGAUCCCCCACACUGCCAGUGUCAGCCCAGCCCCCAGGGUCCUCAGCCGAGGAAAAGGGAAGUGAAAGGGAUUUUAGGCCCUGACCUCAGCAUGCCGGGUCUGGGAGCAACUCACUCCCCCACCCGAACCUGGAGCCUGCGUCAGCAGCACUCAAACUAGGGGCGUUGUGCAAUCCGUGGUGAAGCCUGGCCCAGCUGGAUGCCUGGGUCCUUGUAUUUUUAGCCCCAAAGGAGAAGUGAAAAGGCCCCAGUAGGGGUGAAUCAUCAGUCCUGGGGAAGAACCCAGGCGCCUGGGCCCCGGCUCCGGGAAGCAGGCCUUGGGGAGGGGGCUUCAGGGAGGGAGGGGCCCACCGGGCUCCCCACUUCCCCAAGAAGGAGAGCUUCGGGAGCUCAGCCAUGGCUUUCAGGCCUGGGCAAGUGCAAGGCGGAGCUACCAGCCUGAGCUCAGCUACUGGGGUGUGAAAGGCUCAAGUGAGUCAGCCGGCUUCUGGGACUGCCCCACCCAGCACCUUCUGUGCCCUGGUUCCCGUGUCACUGCCCAGAGGCGUCUUGUCCCGGACCCCACAUCUGCGAGGAACCCUGGGACUGUGAAGACCUGUGAUUCACCCAGAGCCCGAGUCCCCACACUGGAGUCCUGGGAAAUGGCCAGCGCUCUGCGCGUGUGUCUGUGUGUGCGUGCACACGUGCGUACACAUCCUAAGAAGUCCCUUUCUUGAAGUGCCUGGCAUGUUGGGCUGACCCUCAGGAAGGGCAGUGGAGCUCUCAGUCACUAGCUGAAGGUGCUAUCCACAGGACUAAAUCUAACGCGAAUGCAAGAUUUGCAUGUGGAAAAUUAUGUUACUUCACUAAAAGACACUAAAGUUUGAGAGCUUAGAUUGGGUGGUGGGUCAUAGGUAUUCAUGAUUAUUAUUAGAGUCUGUAAAUAGAUGUCAUCUGUAUUAUUUGCUAAAUAGAUGAUAAGAUUUAUGUAAAAAGCCCUUGACAGGGCGCCUGAGUUGGUUGGUUGUCCAACUUCGGCUCAGGUCAUGAUCUCACAGUUCGUGAGUUCGAGCCAUGCACAUGCUUUGGAUUCUG